AUGUACUUUCUUUGGCGACUACCUGUGCACUAGGUGCUUCAGAGUUGACCCACCUUGCAUUGACCGCGAGCAAACUUCUAGUCGUGCCCUCCAAGCAUUACCACAAAACCCCAUCACAUCAUAUUAUUGGGGCGACGCUGCUGAUGUUGCAACACGAGCAAGUUGCGAGCAGAAGAAGGCAAUGAUGCAGGCAAACUUGCAAUUACAGCUGGGAGACAUAUCACCAGCAAAUUGCGAUGGUCAAAACAGUCGGAAGGCGUGUUCAGGAUGUGGCGGCAAAGGCCAGGGGACGGAUGCCGCUGCGGUAUGAGCUCGAGAUUAUCCCAUACCUGUGUGGUGAUAUCCCCGAUGGCGUCAGCCACUGUUCGUUCGCAUGGGAGCGUGGUAGCAAGCUCUUUGUUACCGAGCCGGCGGAGGUCAACGCUGCCUCGCAUGCCGUGUUCUGGAAGCAGUACCUGCGACAGACUGCCACCAUGUAUAAGGAGGGGGCGGAGCUGCUGCCAAAGGACUAUGCGUUCAAGGUGCAGUCAGUGAAGCCGGGCUCUAAAGCGGGACAGGAAAAGCGCAAGACGGUUGGCAAGGUCCACAUCAACCUGGCCCAGUUUUGCUCUGAGGCGCUGGACGCGCAGCCGCAGGAGGUGAUGCUGCACCUCAAGCCGGCGGGCAAGCUCAAGGUGUGCAUCAAGGCCACGUGGCUGCGCAAUGCGCGUGUGGACGCGGACGCCAUGACGGAGGUGACGGGCGCCUCCUUCUACGCGGACAGCCACUACGACGACGACGAGGAGGGCGGCGGCGAGGAGGGGUACGGCGAGGAGGGCGGCCGGCUGGCGGAGGAGGAGCAGGACCUGUCGGGCUUCGACCCGGAGACGGGGGAACCCGUGCACCGCAAGUCGCGGCGAGGGCGGGGCGGGCACGGGGAGGCCAGCACCAGCGGCCAGCACGGCGAGGAGGGCGAGGAGGAUCAGCAGUACGACGAGGACGGCAACCCCAUCCUGCGCCGCAACCGGAGGGGCAGGAAGGGCGGGCGGCGGCACCGGAGCCGGCACGGCGAGGGCAUUCCAGAGGACGGGACUUUCGGCGACGAGGCGGAGGGCGAGCACGGCGGCGACGAGUACGGGGAUCCUGGGGGAGGCGAACACGGGGAAGGCGGCGAUGGCGCAAACGGGGAAGGCGGCCGGCGAGGGCGCAAAGGCCCAGGCUCCCGAGCCUCCAAGGGCGAGGGGCGGCCGAAGCUCAAAACCUACCCUGGCAGCGCGCCGCCGACUGGUCCCGGCGGGCUGCAAAUCGAGGCGGGGCGGCAGGUUCACAAGGCGGGCUGGCGGGAUUACCUGUGUUGCUGCCUGCCGCGGCGCGGCCCCUCGGAGGACCCGCUGGAGGGCGACUCGCUGCUCAACAAGGGCCGGCUGGACAGCAGCGCACCGGCGGGCGGCGCAGGCGGCGGGGGCGGGGGUGGGGCCAAUGGCACCUCCGGCGGCCGGCGGUAGCACACGCCUGGGGCGGGGCGGCUUGUGCUUGGCCCGGGAGCAUUGGCUGGGGGUGUGUGGCUGUGAUGUGGUGCGAGUGCUUGUUGAGGGCCCACUAGAAGGGCGUGAUGGAAAGGAGCGGUGACUACAUGGCUUUAUUGCGGCGAUGCAGCAGUUUUGAUGACCUGCGUUUGAAUGGAGCGCGCGAGAUAGUACGAAGCACAUGGUGCAAACACUGAGCAUUAGACUACACACUAGUGGUAGGCGCUGAGGGCUGGUGGGUGCGACAUCCUGCUGGCAGGCCCCCUUUACCCUGUCCCAUCGCACGCAUCCUGCUGGAAGGCCCCGCUAAGUACGUGAGGGCCGCUACAGCGGCAUGUCCGAGCUGGCAGGACCAAGGAGGACUGCGGAGUGCGUGUAAUGCUGAGAUUUC